AUGGAGUUAGCUCUACCAAAGACGGUUAAGAAGGUACAGAGCCUGAAUGGAAAGGUAGCUGCAUUAAUCAGGUUCGUCUCAAUAGUAACGGAUAAAUGCCUACCUUUCUUUCGCACGUUGAGGAAGUCGUUUGAAUGGACGACUGAGUGCCAGCAAGUGGUUGAAAACUUGAAGGCAUAUCUUUCUUCUCCGCCAUUACUAAGCCCAUCUAAGACAAGGGAAAAAUUGUUCCUAUACGUUGUCGUCUCCCCAACUACUGUCAGUGUGGCUUUGGUCAGAGAAGAGGAUGGGGUGCAGAAGCCUGUAUACUUCACAAGCCGAGCACUUCGAGGAGUGGAAGAGCGGUACCCUCAGAUGGAAAAGCUCACUUUCGCGUUAGUAACUGUAGCGCGAAUGCUCAAGCCAUAUUUCCAGGCGCACACUAUGAUUGUCCUGAUAGAUAAGCCCCUAUGUAGAGAUAUGUGUUGCCCUGAAGCUGUAGGACGGAUGGCAUUAUGGGUAGUCGAGUUGAGUGAAUUUCACAUACAGUAUCGACUGUGUACGGCUAUGAAGGGGCAAGUAGUAUCUGAUUUCAUUGUGGAAUUCAUCCUCGUAGAAGGCCAGAGGGCAGAAGAGAUCCCACAAUGGAGCAUCCACACAGAUGGAUGGCCCAAUAAGCAACUAGGCGGAGUUGGUAUGGUACUUCAUAGCCCGGAAGGAGAUAAGAUCGAAUGCAUGGUCCAUUUGGACUUCCUUAUGACCAAUAAUGAAGUAAAGUACGAAGCCUUGAUAGUAGGGCUAGACCUCGCCAAGGCGGCAGGAGUUGAAAAUUUGGUUGUAUAUUGUGAUUUCCAAGUAGUAACCAGUCAGGUUAAUGGCGACUAUGAAUGCAAGAAUGAACGGAUGAAGAAGUACCUUAAGCAGGUGAAGGAUCGAAUUAAAAGCCUCCGAGUAAAAUUUGUUCAAAUCCCAAGGGAGGAGAACGAGCACGCUGACCGACUUGCUAAAGCUGCUUCAGCAAAACACAUGCUCAUCCCCAAUCAGGUAUUGUCCUUCGUUCAAAUCUCAUCAUUAAUAGACGAUAUCAGUGCACAGGAGAUAGGUCCUAAGAAUUAUUGGACGACACCAAUAGCCUCCUACUUGAGGGAUGGCGUGCUACUAGACGAUAAGGAGGCUGCAAGAAAGUUGAAGGUUCAAGCAGCUCGCUUCAUUUUGAUAAAAGACAUUCUAUAUAGGAGGGACUUCUCUCGACCGUACCUAAGGUGCCUCGUCCCUAAGGAGGCAGACUAUGUCAUGAGAGAAGUCCAAGAAGAAGUCUGUGGAAAUCACUCUAGAUCAUGA